AUGCUCUUUCGCAUUGGGGGAUUCAAAAGUUUGACGAAUGAUGGCCGCACGGUGAACUGUCCAGAGAAUCUGUAUAAUCUCCGGGUCUUGGACGGACUUGGUCAGCAGGAAUUGAAGUUGAAACCUGAAGUUCUUGAUCAAUAUAUCUUUUGUCACGCGUUGCGGGAGCCCAACGGAAUACGAAUCGCUCUGGACCAAAAUCUGUCCGGGGCUUGGCUGCGAUACCGAAUGAAACGUGGUGGCGAAAUCACAGGCUUCGAGGAAGUCACAAAGCCCUACAGCCUCCGAUACGGAGCAGCCAAAGCGUUCAAUGAUAGCCCCGAUGUGUCUAAUGAAUUACAAAACGUCAUGCUGCAGCAUGCCAGUAUUGAUACCUCUGUUCGGCACUAUAGUGUCGGUAUUCACGUCGAUGCUCAGGCAAUUGUUCGGGGUAUGCCCGCACAGAAGCAGCUUAUGCGUUUUGCCUGCUCGAUGAGUCGAUCUAUCGAUCCGCGCAGACCAUACAAGCUAGAAGAAUCUAGCGCUGUAAAUCGGGUUCCACGCGUGGUUGCUUUGGAAGAAUUGAAGCAGGCACGAGAAUAG